GAGAGGAAUAAUCCAUACAGUCAGAUUAUUUUGGAAAGACCUGAGAAAAUGGAUAGAAUGACGGUGAACAAAUUGAGAGCUGCUUUGAAUCUCAAAGUUAAGAAUAAGUCAAGAGUAAAAAAGCCGUUUAAUAUCAAAAAUAGUCCCAAAAAUACAACAGAUUCUAUCGUGCUAGGAUUGCAUAAGAACAGUUUCUACAGAUCAAGAGAUCGUCACUGCACUUUACAAGACGUCUGUAAAGCUGAUAGACUUAGUCAGGAGUACUCCAGAACACAAUCUGUAGGUAAAGCCUCUAGUAAGACCAACAUCAAGCUUGGUUUUGCUAAGCCUGAGUAUAAUUCAUCCUCAAGAGUCAACAACAAGGAUACUAUACACAAAGCGUUACAGAGCAUUUAUCGAGAAAAAGCUGGUCAAAAGAGAAGAAUCAAGCUGAACAAAAAUCGCAGUCUAAUUCUUGGCAGCAAGAUUCACAGAUCUGAUUGGGAAGACAAGUCACCCACCAAAAUCAGGGAAAUGGCUAGAAGAGAAAGUAUUGAGUCAGAAAAGGCCAGAACAGCUUCUCUUUAUUCUAUCAGAAGCAAAUCUGUGUCAAAGGGAUUCGAUAGAGCUUCUAACUAUAAAAGCUCUAUCUUCUUUGGCAAGUCUUCAAAAGUUGAGUCAAAGCCUAAGAAUUUGGCUCAUCUCAAAGAGAAAACUUUAAAUAAUCUCAAAAAUGAUGAAUUCUCAAGAUUGAAGUUAAGAAAAGAUUUGAAACUUCAGGGGAAUAGAAAUCCGAAUGUUAGUCUUCAUAAAAACCAGAUAAUGACACUUUGGAUGAAAAACUCUCCAAUCUUACAAAACAAAUCCGAAAAACUAUAAAGAAAGACAAAAUUACCAAAAUCACUAACGACCAAAAUCCAAAACAA